CUCUUGUUGAGAACAUGUCUGGUAGAGGCAAGGGAGGCAAAGGUCUCGGUAAAGGAGGUGCCAAGCGUCACCGUAAGGUUCUCCGCGACAACAUCCAGGGCAUCACCAAGCCUGCCAUCCGUCGUCUGGCACGCCGCGGAGGAGUCAAGCGUAUCUCCGGUCUCAUCUACGAGGAGACCCGUGGCGUACUCAAGGUCUUCUUGGAGAACGUCAUCCGUGACGCUGUCACCUACACCGAGCACGCCAAGAGAAAGACCGUCACCGCUAUGGACGUGGUGUACGCGCUCAAGAGACAAGGGCGUACUCUCUAUGGAUUCGGCGGCUAAGCUCAUUCUCUCACCUGUUCACCAAACAAUCAAAGGUCCUUUUAAGGACCACUCACUACCUCUAACAAGAGUAGUCAUUCACUAUAGUGGCAGACAGGAAUCCGUAAACAUCUGCAUAACACACAGUAAGCAUUAACCGGAUCUGACUUGAUGAGACUUGGCUAUAUGAAAAAUGCAAUCUUAGGAAGGCAGCAAUAAGUUCCGUUUGAAAU